UUUGCGCUUUGUGGCGCUAGGAAGGUGCGUCACAGCUUGGUGUGGGAGUUGAGGCUCGGGAAGCUGCUGUUUUGAGUUUAAUUUUUAAUCAGUUCUAAUUAUUUUCUGGGUUCAUAUUUAUCACGGAACCAGGGGCCAUUCCUAUCCGUGGCGGAAGAGCUGGUUUUUGGGACGACUUGUGGUUUAUACCCACAUAAGACGACUGCGUAAAACUACCGUUGGUUGUGUAGAGAUGAGCGUGGAGGCGUACGGGCCAAGCUCGCAGACUCUCACCUUCCUGGACACCGAGGAAGCGGAGCUGCUCGGAGCUGAUACCCAGGGAUCGGAGUACGAGUUUACCGACUUCACUCUGCCCAGCCAGACCCAAACCCAGGGCCAUACGCAGAGUCAGCUGGACAACCAGGUUAUCGUUACUGACGGGCUUCUGCAGAACGGCGGUCUUGACGAUGCGAUCUCCAAGAGCAGCCAGCUCCUGGCCGAGCUCAACUUCGAGGAGGAUGAGGAGGACACGUAUUACACCAAGGCUCUCCCCGUGCACGCCUGCAGCUACUGUGGAAUCCAGGACCCUGCGUGUGUGGUCUACUGUAACACCAGUAAGAAGUGGUUCUGCAACGGUCGGGGAAACACCUCUGGCAGCCACAUUGUGAACCACCUGGUCAGGGCCAAGUGUAAGGAGGUGGCGCUGCACAAGGACGGGCCGCUGGGCGAGACUGUGCUGGAGUGCUACAACUGCGGCUGCCGCAACGCCUUCCUGCUGGGCUUCAUCCCCGCCAAGGCCGACUCCGUGGUGGUGCUGCUCUGCAGGCAGCCGUGUGCCAGUCAGAGCAGUCUGAAGGACAUUAACUGGGACAGCUCGCAGUGGCAGCCGCUGAUCCAGGACCGCUGCUUCCUGUCCUGGCUGGUGAAGAUCCCGUCUGAGCAGGAGCAGCUGAGGGCCCGCCAGAUCACCGCCCAACAGAUCAACAAGCUGGAGGAGCUCUGGAAGGAGAACCCCGGCGCCACGCUGGAGGACCUGGAGAAGCCGGGCGUGGACGAGGAGCCGCAGCACGUGCUGCUACGCUACGAGGACGCCUACCAGUACCAGAACAUCUUCGGCCCGCUCGUCAAGCUGGAGGCCGACUACGACAAGAAGCUCAAGGAGUCCCAGACCCAGGACAAUAUAACUGUCCGCUGGGACCUGGGUCUGAAUAAAAAAAGGAUCGCUUAUUUCACACUUCCCAAGACGGACUCAGGUGACAUGCGGCUGAUGCAGGGGGAUGAGAUCUGUCUGAGGUACAAAGGAGACCUGGCUCCUCUGUGGAAGGGCAUCGGCCACGUCAUCAAAGUUCCAGAUAGUCUUCCUCAGCGGCGCGCCUCAGACUACGGGGAUGAGAUCGCCAUCGAGCUGCGGAGCAGCAUGGGCGCCCCCGUGGAGGUCCCCCACAACUUCCAGGUGGAUUUCGUGUGGAAGUCCACCUCCUUCGACAGGAUGCAGAGUGCACUGAAGACCUUUGCUGUGGAUGAGACCUCAGUCUCUGGGUACAUCUACCACAAGCUGCUGGGGCACGAGGUGGAGGACGUGGUGAUCAAGUGCCAACUGCCCAAACGCUUCACUGCCCACGGCCUGCCCGACCUCAACCACUCCCAGGUGUACGCUGUGAAGACGGUGCUGCAGAGACCCCUCAGUCUCAUCCAGGGACCCCCUGGAACAGGGAAGACCGUCACCUCGGCAACCAUCGUAUACCACCUUGCCCGGCAGGGAAACGGCCCCGUGCUGGUUUGCGCUCCCAGUAACAUCGCAGUGGACCAGCUGACUGAGAAGAUCCACCAGACGGGCCUGAAGGUGGUGCGUCUCUGCGCCAAGAGCCGGGAGGCCAUCGACUCGCCCGUCUCCUUCCUGGCCCUGCACAACCAGAUCCGCAACAUGGACAGCAUGCCGGAGCUGCAGAAGCUGCAGCAGCUGAAGGACGAGACGGGCGAGCUGUCGUCUGCCGACGAGAAGCGGUACCGAGCGCUGAAGCGCGCCGCCGAGCGGGAGCUUCUCAUGAACGCGGACGUGAUCUGCGGGACGUGUGUGGGCGCGGGGGACCCCCGCCUGGCCAAGAUGCAGUUCCGCUCCAUCCUGAUCGACGAGAGCACGCAGGCCACCGAGCCCGAGUGCAUGGUGCCCGUCGUCCUGGGAGCCAAACAGCUCAUCCUGGUGGGGGAUCACUGCCAGCUGGGCCCGGUGGUCAUGUGUAAGAAGGCGGCCAAGGCGGGCCUGUCCCAGUCCCUGUUCGAGCGGCUGGUGGUUCUGGGCAUCCGGCCCAUCCGUCUGCAGGUCCAGUACCGCAUGCACCCCGCCCUCAGCGCCUUCCCCUCCAACAUCUUCUACGAGGGCUCCCUGCAGAACGGGGUGACCGCCGCCGACCGCAUCAGGAAGGGCUUUGACUUCCAGUGGCCGCAGCCGGACAAGCCCAUGUUCUUCUACGUGACUCAGGGCCAGGAGGAGAUCGCCAGCUCCGGAACGUCCUAUUUGAACAGGACGGAGGCGGCGAACGUGGAGAAGAUCACCACGCGGCUGCUGAAGGCCGGAGCGAAGCCCGACCAGAUCGGCAUCAUCACGCCGUACGAGGGCCAGCGCUCCUACCUGGUGCAGUACAUGCAGUUCAGCGGCUCCCUGCACACCAAACUCUACCAGGAAGUGGAGAUUGCCAGUGUGGAUGCAUUCCAGGGCAGAGAGAAAGAUUUCAUCAUCCUGUCCUGUGUCAGAGCCAACGAGCACCAGGGCAUCGGCUUCCUCAAUGACCCGCGCCGCCUGAACGUGGCUCUCACCCGAGCCAGGUACGGGGUGAUCAUUGUGGGGAACCCCAAGGCCCUGUCCAAGCAGCCGCUCUGGAACCACCUGCUGAACUACUACAAGGAGCAGAGGGUCCUGGUGGAGGGGCCGCUCAACAACCUGCGUGAGAGCCUCAUGCAGUUCAGCAAGCCGCGCAAGCUGGUCAACGCCAUGAACCCCGGCGCACGCUUCAUGAGCACUGCCAUGUAUGACGCCAGAGAGGCCCUGAUCCCCGGCUCUGUAUAUGACCGCAGCACCACAGCGCGCCCGGCGAACAUGUACUUCCAGACGCACGACCAGAUGGGCAUGAUCGGGGCGGGGCCCAACCCGCUGGCCGGCCUGAACUUCCCCAUCCCCUUCAACCUGGUGAUGCCCCCCAUGCCCCCGCCCAGCCACCUGGGCAUGAGCAACGGCCCUGCCGCAGGGCGUGGCAUCAUGAAGGGGAAGGUGGGGCGUGGCGGGCGGCAGCGGAGCCGUGGCAUGGGUAACCACGGUAACAGCCAGGGCAGCCAGGACAUGGCGUCCCAGUCGGGCCCCCUCACCCAGGGCUUCAUCUCCAUGAGCCAGCCGUCCCAGAUGAGCCAGCCCGGCCUCUCUCAGCCCGAGCUGUCGCAGGACAGCUAUCUGGGCGACGAGUUCAAGUCCCAAAUGGAUGUGGCUUUGUCCCAGGACUCCACUUACCAGGGCGAGCGUGCGUACCAACACGGAGUGACGGGACUGUCACAGUACUAAAGCGCGGUGGGAAGUGGCGCUGGAGCUGAGCUUUAGUUGAUCAGCUUUUUAAUCUGGGUACUAUUAAAGAAAAAAACAAAAAAUGGAAACCUGUUUUCCACUGAAGCACCAAGUGUGUGAGGAGAGAGAGAGAGAGAGCGAGAGAGGGGGAGAGAAACCCAACCUGUCACAAGUAGAGGGGGAAAGAGAAAGGGACUGUUGGACAGGAAGAAAACUGGAGCGAAGAGAGAGAAGAGGCGGAGUCCCUGCUAGCGCAGAGACGGGCGAGCGCACGUGCGUGUGUGUGCGCGCACGCGUGUGUGUGUGUGUGUGUGUGCGCACGAGCGAGCACGCAGGUGUGUGGCCACACUGGGAGAGGAGGAGCAGACCUGAACGGGUCUCGCACCAGAAAGUGAGGAACAAAUAAAAGACCAUGACCCCCCCCCCCCCCAAUCGAACCCCCCUCCUGAAAAUGAUGGCCCCAUCCACUCAGUGGAGAGAGGGAUCGGGAAGGAGAGAUAGAGGAAGGGGGGAGGCUGUUCUCAGUCACACACAAGCUCGUUCCGUGACGUCCAUGGAGAGGAGGAGAGAGAGAGAAAGGAGGAAACACUGCUUGUGGUGAUGGUGGUUGAUAAAGAAACUUUUUACCUCAAAGUUGACGGGUUGCCACGUGGUGCAUUCUGGGGAUUCGCGAUCUGACCUACGCAGAAUGAGUGGAGGGACUUUCAACCGGCAGCCGUGAGUCCUCACACCGUGCCGAGCGGACACUGGCCACUGGCCAGCAAUCAGUCCACGUCAACUUUGAGCUGCAAAGGUUUCAGCGAGAGGCGUGCUUUCUGAAGGGGCGCGGUGAAGUGAGGGGGGCGCGGUGAAGGGAGGGGAGCGCGUCAGAAGCUCUCCGGCUUUGGGAUCGAGCCGAGGUGCGGAAGGGAAAGAAACUGUUUCCGUCUCAAGACCUGAAGUGGUGGACCUGGAGGAUCUGCUGUCGCUGUGAGACUUGCUUCUGAACAAACUGUCUUCUUGUAGAUUCAAAGGAAAAAAAAAAAGCGAGAGGUUUUUGGAGGGAGAAUCUUAGACAGCCAGAACCAGAGAAUUCUCUGCUAUUGUUAUUUCUCUUUCGCAAUUUUUCUUACAAUAUUAUCAUUAUUAUUAUUAUUAUUAUUGUUCUAAAAGUGGAGGAGAGAGCAGCCUAACGUAGGCUCGGGAAGUGUCUGUGUGUGCUAUUGAUACGUGUGUAUAUUGCUAUCCAGUUUAUUAUAUCCAGCAAUUAGACGGGUUUAUUGAUUAGAAACUAAGAGAAUUCUAAUUAAGGGAAGGUGGCAGUUCAGUGAGUUCCUGAAUUAAGUAGUGUAGGACUUUUUUUAAUUUGUAUUUGUAUUUUUUUUUUUGCUUUGUCUUUCUCUAGCUCAGAGAGGUGCUCUGAACCCAUAGGGCUAGUUCACUGAUAAAGCUUGAAACUGCCCGUGCGCUACACGAACGCCCCCUAGUGGAUGGUCUUGGAAUUAGACUAGACAUCAAAUGGAGGGGGAACCAAACCACUGACCUGAGCUCCUUUUUCUGAAUGACUUUCCCUGCUCAAGCCCCUGCUGAUGUUAAGCGCACCGUUCACACGCAAACACAAUAUCACCGAAAUUUACACGGGCUGUUUUCUCUGCAGGGAAACUGCUGCGUUGGGUUUUUGGAUUUUCUUUAUUUUUUCGGUUUUCGCAGCUGAUCUUUUUGUGUUUGUAUAUUCUAAGAGGGUAUCCCAUGAUGCUGUUGGGCUAAACGGUGAUUAAAAUGAUUAUCAUUCAGUGCCUAUAACUUGUCAAGACUGUUACUUACAAUAAGGUCUGUUCGCUCUGAAAAUCGUCCCCGCCUAUGAAUGGGAGGCCCCCUACGCCGGCCGUCUGCCACCUGCAGCACAACAUCCUGUUUGCGGCACCUUUUUAUCUUUAAAAAUAAAUAAAGUUUUUAUAGUUUUAAAUGGCCCGAAGGGCAACAGUAGAUUCCCAGGAAAAAUGAGGAGGUUUUGCUGGGUUCUCCCAGUCGGUUUCCUUCUGGAUUUACCAAACUUUUGAAAGUUCACGGACGGCCAGGAGAAGUAGCGCACGGACAGGCUGAGUGCGGUCUGCUGAAGUCACUUCCUGUUUAUCGGCUUUUUAAAAUGCGGGCAUUUCCUUGGUUGUUGUUUCAAUUCUCUACGCGUCUACCGUUGAUUUGGGGGCGCCCAGCCCCGCCCAGCCCCACCCAGCCCUGCCCCGCUUUGCCAUCUUGUGUUUUUCAGAAAUCGUGUUAAAGGUUUGGGGAGACUGAUGACUUGGAAGCUCUGGGGCUUUUGAGUAGGUCCACCCUGUGUCCGUGGGACCCAUCCUCCCAUGGGACCCAUUCCCCUGCGGGACCCUGUCCAUGGGACCCAUCCCCCUGCGGGACCCUAUCAGUGGGACCCAUCCCCCUGUGGGACCCUGUCCGUGGGGCCCAUCCCCCUGUACCCCUGCAGGCCCUAAUGACCAAAAGCAUGACACUGAAAACUUGUCAUUGGAGGGUAGGACUGACAGGUUGUCAUCAAGCAAACAUGCCGUUCUGCUGUGUGGGCAGGGGCCCCAUCCCAGGGGCAUCAAGCUCCCGGGUAGUUCAGGGUUACCCUCCUCCAGGGGCUCGUUUGGGACCUUUCUGUACCGUAAAUAUAGAUCCCUCUUUCCUGCCGGGCCUUCCUGCGGGGUGGUUCGAUGCAUUUUUGUUGUUACUCUCCUUGCCCUGAAAGAUUUAUUACUUUCAAUUUUAUUGUUUUUUUUUUUUUUUUGGUUUUUAACGCAAUGUAACCCUCUUAUCUCAUUCCUGUAAUAAUGAAACAAGAAAAAUAAAGAUUGCUUCUUUA